GAAAUCAUGAUUAUAUAAACAUGGGAAAAGAAGUACAGCUAAGGCCCAAGGUGAAUGUCUCAUCCUACAUUCACUUUAUGCUGAAUUUCAAGAACAAAUGCAAGGAGCAACAGCCAAAUACUUUCCUUGGCUUUAAGGAGUUCUCUAGAAAGUGCUCAGAAAAAUGGAGAUCGAUUUCAAAGCACGAGAAGGCGAAGUAUGAAGCCCUGGCCAAGCUCGACAAAGCCCGCUACCAAGAAGAAAUGAUGAAUUACAUGGGCAAGAGAAGAAAGCGGAGAAAGAGGGACCCAAAGGCACCACGGAAGCCCCCAUCAUCCUUCCUGCUCUUCUCCCUGGACCACUAUGCCCAGCUGAAGCAAGAGAACCCCACCUGGUCAGUGGUGCAGGUGGCCAAGGCAGCUGGGAAGAUGUGGUCCACAACCACGGAUGUGGAUAAGAAGCCUUAUGAACAGAAGGCUGCGCUUAUGCGAACCAAGUAUUUCAAGGAACUGGAGGCCUACCGCCAAGAAUGCCCAUGCCGGAAGAGGAACUUCCGGGGGUCAGCCAGUACCAGUUUGAAAAAAUAA